CUCACCCACCACUCGUCGUGUGUGGCGCUUGUGAAGUUUUGCGUGGAGUUGGUUUUUUUCAUGCCAAUUUCUUCGAUUUUCCCUAAUUUUCUCAUGCAAAAAGCAGUAAAAUUGUGUUGGAAAUUGUAGAAAACUCGCGGGAAAAGUGUUUAGGUGAAGUGGAGUAUAAAAUUUCAUUGAUAAACGUGAUUGUUUUGUGAGAAAAUCAAGGAAAAGAAAAGUUUCAGAGGAAAGUCUGGCUGGUGGAAAGUCAUUGUGGGCGAAUUUUCGAGACUAAAACGUUUCUUGUGCGUGUGCGGGGGUGUUUACGAGUAAGACAGGCUCUGCAAUGGAUGCAAUGGGAUCACAGGGCUUCAGCCCCGAUGCGGGGUAUCGCUACAAAAUGAAGCGGAACAAGGACGAUCGGGAUCGGGACUACGGAAGGAGUCGCCGUAGUCGCAGCAGAAGUCGCUCCAGGGAGAGAUAUGGGCGUAGUCGUCGAAGUAGGACACGUAGUCGCAGCAGAAGUCGCAGCCGGACCCGGAAUCAUUCGUAUGACAAGCAUAGGAGCUCCGAGAGGGAUUCGUACAAGGAUUCAGGGGAUGACUAUCAUGGGGAUCGCGAUAAGGGCUACUAUAGCCAUCGUGAGAGAGACAGAAGGGACAGAGACGGCAGGUCCAGGCGUCGCAGCUACUCGCCCAAUUUCGACGAUGAGUACGACAGUCACGAUAGUGACACUGGAGAGCGGUACACGACAGCAAUCCCAUACAACAAGAUCAUCGUCCGUGGAUUAGCUCAGCACAUUACGGAAGCAGAUAUAAGCAGUGAUUUGAUGCAGUAUGGAUUGAAACCAGUCUCAAUUCGUUUAAUUAGGAGAAAGAAAACAGGUGCAUCACGAGGAUUCGCAUUUGUCGAGUUUAAUACUGAACAGGAGGCAACACGUUGGAUGGAUUAUAAGCAGGGUAUCCUUAUGCUCCAGGAUCAAUAUCGUGCUGUUAUGCAAUACAGUAUUACGAAGGAGCCUCCCUGCGUGACGAAGGAUAAAUAUGUUACGGAUUGGUAUUGUGCCAAGUGUGGUGUUUUAAAUUUCAAGCGACGCGACAACUGCUUCAAGUGCUACGCUUCGCGGGAGGAAAGUGAAAAGGGUGGAGAAGGAAGCGAUGAAGUCAGCAAUAUCCUUACUAAAAAAAUCAUGCUGAGGAAUUUGGAUGUGCUGACAAAUGAGGAGGGUGUAUUGACGGUGAUGCAGGAAGUUGUACCCACUCUUGUGUCGAAAAUAUCAAAAAUUCUCAUAUGUCGCGAUCCUUUAACAUCAACCUCGCGUGGGGUGUGCUAUUUGUCGUUUGACAAUUUAGUGGAUUCCAUGAAUACCCACAAUGCCCUCAAGGGACUUGAGCCACCGCUGAAGAUUGAGACGCGUGAGGUGUUGAUAUCGUACUGUGUUGAUCCGGAGAAUCCAAAUCCAACAACAAAGCGCGGGGAGCAAUUGAUAAAUUCGAAGGUAGCACAGGGAGUGGGUGGUGAAAUGGGUGGGAAUUACCAAAGUGGCAGCGGUGGUGGUGGUGGUAGCUAUCAAUAUACAAUGGAUGAUGUGCCACGUUUGGCGGAAUAUAGUGCAAAUAUGUAUGCGUCGAAUUCAGUUGAGCAUGAGCACUACCUGAAAUACUACACGCAAUACUAUAUGGGACAAAUAUCCAAAGGACAAUUUAGCAAUUUGCCCACAAUGUCUCAAAUGGGGGGUGAGACAGCAAAUUCAGGGGCGGCUGUAGCUCAGUCAGCCAUACAGAGGAAACAGAUUGCUCAACAAGGUGGAAAAUAUCAUGGUAAGGGUGAUACGUCAAGUAAUUCGGGAAAUUCGGCAUCAAUGCAGAUCCCAAGGGGGACGGAUGGAAAGAAAUAUCCCACACCAGAUGUUUCACUAUAUCAAUACGAUGAAACUUCUGGGUUUUACUAUGACCCCACUACGGGUCUCUAUUACGAUGGGAAUUCCCAAUACUACUACAAUAGUGAGAUCAAUGCAUACUUGUACUGGGACAAUGAGAAUAGUACAUACGUUUUGGCACCGACUGCAUCUCAGGCAUCUGCAACACAAUCCUCCUCCACAAGCAAUAGCAGCGGUAGUGCAGCAGCAGCAGCAAGCUUGGGUGGUGGUGUGGAUGGUGAUGGGGACAAUGGGAAGCAAUUGUCCGUCGUGGGUGAAGAUGGGACGAGGCGUGAGGGGCGGAAGGAGGUGGCGAAGCAAGAUAAAGUCAAAGUGGCAAAGAAAAUUGUUAAGGAUAUGGAGAAAUGGGCGAAGCAGCUGAAUCAGAAGAAGGACAUGAACAUGAUGGCACCGAUGGCUGUUAAAGAGGAGAAUUUGUCAAAAAAUAACUCUCAAAGUGGGUAUGCUGAUGUUGGAUUUAGUAUACUUGAGAAGAAGGAAAAGGGUGCGGGUGGGAGUUUGAAGUUUGGCAUAAAUGAACCUUCCGGGAAAUUGGUAGCUGCCUAUGGGUCAGAUUCGGAAAAUGAUCUCGAUGAGGCGCAUGGGGAUGGUGCAACGGGUGGUCCACCGGCAAAUGAGAAAGAUUACGUGGACUUUGAUAAAUUAACCUGCCUCCUGUGCAAGAGAGCAUUCCAAUCCCCAGACAUACUGCAGAAACAUUUGCAAAAGUCAACACUUCAUCUUGAGAAUAUGCGGAAGUAUAAUCUGGGGCGUGCCGCUGAUGCGGGCAAUGCUGGACAAUCGUAUCGGGAUCGUGCACUUGAGCGUCGUAUGAAGUACGGUGAGGCGGAUCCGCCGCCACCAAAUCGCAGCAAAGAACGCUUCCAGCGGGAGAUUGAGAAACAAUCGACGUCGAGUACGGCGGCAUCCACCACAGCUAGCUUACCAAUUGGACAGAAUAAUGUGGGGAAUAAAUUGCUGCAGAAGAUGGGCUGGACUGAAGGACAAGGUCUCGGUAGGAGCAAUCAAGGACGCACAAAUAUCAUUGAGGUGAGUCUUUUUUUUAUAUUUUUUUUAUCGUUAAAAAAUAAGGUUACAACCUCACAUUACAUUCUGACCCGGGAGAUUUUACCUACCUCCCCCCCUCCCCUAAAUUUUUUAAUGUCUGUACCUAAUACUAAAAAUGACAUCAAUCUUUCGAUAGGCAAUGAAAUUAUUUUAUUUAAAAAAAAUUUAAGUCCGUAUUUGCUUGUAAGUUUGAUUUUUUUUUAGAACUUUUUUAGCAUAAUGGAUUGGUUGGAGUUUUUUUUAAAGCCAGGCCUAAGUUUACUUAAACCAGGCUUCAGUUUUUAUCUUAAGUUUUUUAACUGAGGUAGUGUUAAGUGCAUUCUAGAUUUAGCCAGUUUCUAAUUAUUAAAACUAUAAAAGCUAUAUCUUAUACAAUUGUGUAAUUGUGGUAAAUUGUGUAACACCUUAAAAAAUGUAAGUUUGACUAAAAACCUAAGCCUGGCUUAAGAAACAAAGCUAGGCCUUUUAUUAGGCCAGGACUAUUUUUUUAAGCCAAACUUUUAGUUCAUUUAGGUCAGACUUUAAAGACGCAUUCAGACUCAGUUCAGCCUAACUUUGAAACUUUAAAAACCUAACAUUAAAAAAACCCUAAGUCUAGUCUACAACAAAGGCCUUGCUUAAAAAUCUUAGGAUUGACUUUAAAAACAUACACCUAGUUUGAAGAAAACUGUAGUUUAGCUUAAAGAAAUUUAUUCUGGUUUAGAAAAACUCAGAUCUGACUUAAGACGAUUUUCCUUUAGUUAAAAAAAAUCGAAAAUUCCUAAAUUACAGAGCAUUAAUUUCAAUUUCUGAUUUUUUGUUUUCUGAUAUGUACUGGCGAAAAUUAAAGCAAAAAAAGUAAAACCGUGUGACCCGGAGAAAUUCAUCCUAAAUCCGCAGAAGUCUCCGGGUGAAACCCCUAGAGGUGGUAGCCCUAUUAAAAAAAUUGUUGUGAACUUUAUUUGAUAUUUAAUGAAAAAUUGGAAAAGAGUUAAGAAAAAAAAACAGAAUGUGGGCUAAGGAAGGAAUAUUUUCCAUAAAGAUUUUCCGACUCUCUUUUAACAAAAAAAU